AUGAGUUUUUUAGAAUUGGGAAAUGCCACAGUAGAUGAUAAAGGAUACGUAAUGGACAAAUUUAGAGAUGAUUUCUUUCAGAAAAUGAGAAGCAAAGUAGAAAACAGAACUUGCUUUGACUGCCAAUCUAGAAAUCCUUCAUGGGUAUCUCUUUCUUAUGCCAUAUUUAUCUGCUUAAAUUGCUCAUCAGAUCAUAGAAAAAUGGGCGUCCAUAUAAGUUUCGUUCGUUCUGCGGACUUAGAUAAGUUUAGUCCAUCUCAGCUACUAAGAAUGAAUAUAGGUGGUAAUUUAAGGGCAAGAAAUUACUUUAAGCAAAUAUAUGGGAUUCAGUUUUCUGCAAAGUCUCGGGAUUAUGCAAUUUCUUCAUUUGGGAGCCAGUACAAACAAAUCCUUGACAAAGAAGUCAACAUUACUCUACAAGUCAGUGUGCCUUCAGAAAAAAGUACUUCCAAUGAUGAUAGUCUUUGUAAAGGGUCUAAAUCUUGUGAUACUCAUAGUGUUGAUUACUUAGAACUUGAUAAUAAAGACAACUUGAAUAGUACUAUGAACUCUAGCCUAAAAGUACGUCAAUAUAGUGCUCAAACUCAGCGAGGUUUAUUAAUUAAGGGGAAGCGUCUUGAUGCUGACUUUGAUUUUGAUCUUUUUAUUUCGAAUACAUCUAAAUAG